AACUAAUUAAACCUCUCAUAUUUACUCCUACUCAAAAACCAUACAAAACCAUAAAUAAAUGGCUCCUAAUUAUGCGAUUUCAUUAAUGAUAGUUGUACUCUUCACAUCUUUGUUCUCGUUAUUUAUGCAUGUAGAAGGUUAUGGUCCUUCUAAAUUAUUGUCCUACUGGUGUAACCAAACACCAUACCCUAAACAAUGUGAAUAUUACCUUAGUCAUAACCAAAAACCUCCCAAUAUCAAAAGAAAAUCAGAUUUUCUUAAGAUGAUGAUGCAAAGUGCUAUAGAAAAUGCCGGAAAAGCCCAUAAAAAUGUUAAUUCUCUAGGCCAUAAUUGUAAGAAUGAGAAAGAAAAGGCGGCAUGGAAGGAUUGUUUGGAUGUCUAUGAGCUAAGUAUCCAAGGCCUAAACAAUACUAUGACCACCUCUAGUUGCACCAAAGAUGAUACUCAAACAUGGCUUAGUUCAGCCCUAACCCUAAUGCAAACAUGCCAAAAUGGGUUUAGAGAGUUGGGUGUUACAGAAAAUAUCAUGCCCAUGUUAUCUAAUGAUAAUAAUGUAUCAUGUUUGAUUAGCAAUGCACUUGCUAUUAAUGGGGAUGGAUCAAAUGGUCGUCGACUCGAGGGGCAGGACUGGGCCGGGACCAAGGGUGGAUUUCCAAGAUGGGUUAGACCUAGUGACCGGAAGUUGUUGCAGUCGGUGCCGAGCUCCGGCCGAGCCGACCUUGUGGUGGCACAAGAUGGGUCAGGAGAUUAUAAGACCAUAGGGCAAGCUAUAAGUGAUGCCUCAAGGAAAGGAGGAAGUGGGAGGUUUGUGAUAUAUAUAAAGGCAGGAAUUUAUAAGGAGAAUGUGGAAAUAGAGGAUAAGUUGAAGAAUAUUAUGUUGUUGGGGGAUGGUAUAGGGAGAACUAUUAUCACAGGGAGCAAAAGUGUUGGAGGAGGUAGCACUACCUUCAGAUCAGCUACCGUUGCUGUUAUGGGAAGUGGGUUCAUGGCACAAGGAAUAACAUUUAGGAACACAGCCGGUCCAUCAAACCACCAAGCUGUAGCCCUCCGCUCCAACUCCGAUCUCUCGGUCUUCUACAAAUGCAGCUUUGAAGGAUACCAAGAUACCCUUUAUGUUUUCUCAAAUCGCCAAUUUUACCGUGAAUGUGACAUUUAUGGUACCGUAGACUUUAUAUUUGGAAAUGCAGCUGCGGUCAUCCAAAAUUGUAACAUAUAUGCCCGAUUUGGUCCUUCUAGGACUGUUGCAAUUACAGCCCAAGGACGAUCCGACCCAAAUGAGAACACGGGUAUAUCGAUCCAUAACUCUCGGGUCAGCGCAUCUGAAGACCUAAAAGGAUCCAAGACUUACUUGGGUAGGCCAUGGAAAAAAUAUUCCCGAACUGUUUUUAUGAAGACAUAUUUAAGUGGUAUAGUUGAUCCUAAGGGAUGGCUUGAGUGGAAUGGCGAUUUUGCCCUUAGCACAUUGUAUUAUGGGGAAUAUGCAAAUACGGGUCCCGGUUCAUCCACGUCGAAUCGGGUGAAGUGGUCGGGUUACCAUGUGAUAACAAGUUCUGCUGAAGCUGGAAAAUUUAAUGUUGGGAAUUUUAUUGCUGGAAAUAACUGGUUGCCUAGUACUGGGGUGCCUUUCAAGUCCGAUCUUUAGGCUCAUUUCACGUAUCAUGAACAUGAUCAAUAUAUCAGUAUAUAUAGAAAUAGAAACAAUAUUAAUAAUGUAAAUUAUUGUAGGUAUUCAAAUAAAGAAUAUGCUAUGUAUAUAUAUAUAGCUAUAUAGGGUUUCUCUUUGAUCAUUUAUACAUAUUAGGAAACUUCGCAUGAAAAAUCUCCUAGCUAGGCAAGUCAAAGAAAUAUGGUAUCUAUAAGUAUUU